AUGUAAGAAAAAAUAAGUGAAUUAUUAUUGCAUUAAAUCCCAGGGGUUUGUCGAUUGACAAAGCAAUGUGUCGAUCACAUGUCAGGAAUGUUAGUUGAAGAUACACCCUAGAAUGCUGCGGAUGUUUAAGAGUUAAUGGGGGAGUAUUUUAGAAACGGAGGAAAAUUGACCACAUAAGAAAUUAAUAAAAUUUGCCAAAAAAUAUUUGAUGCUCUUGAAAAAGAGUAACUAAUAAAAAAAGAGCAGAAACACACUUUAGCAGCUGAGCGAUUGCCAGAUGAAGUUAUACUCUCUGAGCUUGAUUUCUAUUUGGAAAAAGACACUGAAAUCAUUAAAUUCGAGGAUUUAUUUAAAGAAUAAGUGGCAACAAACACAAACGAAUAAAUUUAGAAGAAGGACCGUAAGGAAAAGUUGAGAUAGAAGGAGGACAUUAAAGCUUAGGAAGCAUAUGAGAAACAUAUUAAAACAAUUAAGGAUUAAAAAACACAUAUUCCUCCAGCAAGAGUGAGACACAGCAAAGCAGAUUAAGAUGGCAAGAAAUUGGAUAUUGUAAUCGAUAAAUUAUCAAUAAUUGUGGGAGGCAGAGCAUUAUUGGAAGACACAUCUUUAUAAUUGAUAUAUGGUUAAAAGUAUGGUCUAGUCGGUAGAAAUGGUAUUGGUAAAACAUGUCUCAUGAAUGCCCUCGCAAGAUAUGAAUACGAAAAUGCUGAAAAAUUCAGACAUGUUUAAGUGUUGUUAGUGGAAUAAGAAAUCUCAGAGACUGAUAAGAAUCCUGUUUA